AUAGGCGGCGCUGUCCUGUUGUUUAACUAUGUUUUGUCAUGUGUGUGUAAACUGUAAAUUAUUUGUGACUAAAACAAUAUUUUUAUCUAGUUAUUGAAUAAAAGCAACCAGUUUUUGUAAUUAUAUAUUCUAAGAUAGUGAUUAAACAGUGAAUCUUUAUAAGAUAAUGAUUGUUCGCUAGCACUGUCUACUACGGCUUUGUGACGCCACGCCUGCCUUGUUGAUUUGGAGAUGUCCUCAAAAAAUUAUAUUACUGUAUUGAAAAGAAUACUUUACAAUACAUAGUAUUAAAUGAGAAGGGAUUGAUAAUGUAUUAAUUGAACACGUUUACAUUUUAUCUUGUGUUCUCGUUUUACUUUUCUUUUUUGAUAGAAGAUGGAAGUUAUUCUAAUUUUAUCACUUCUUUCUAUGGCUGUGGCUUAUGACAAAGCAUCAUUCUAUGGAGCCAGCUUCAUAUCAUACCCACUUCAAGAAGCAAAGGGUGUGACAGACAUAAGUUUUAGGUUUCGCACUCAUUCGUCUGAUGCUCUAUUAUUGCUCACUACAGGCAAAACUGACUACUGUAUGAUUCGUUUAGAAAGUGGUAGAUUAAAACUGCACAUAAACCUCGGUGCUGGGGAAAGCGAACUAUCAUCUCCUAAAGGCAUACACCUCAAUGAUACACAGUGGCAUCACAUCAGUAUAGUGCGGAGGGAAGCAAAUCUCACUAUGAAGGUGGAUGACAGUGUAGUCAAGAAGAAAUUGCCAGGAAAAUUUUUUGAAUUGAACAUACAUUUUGGAAUAUACCUGGGUGGCCUGGGUGACUUCUCUGAACUAUUCCUGGGGCAUUUGGAGAAUUUUCGUGGUUGCAUGGAAGAUGUGUACUAUAAUGGAGUGAAGAUAAUAGAGAAGGCUCGAAGUCGUAGCGGUUCAGUACGCGUGGAGGGAGUCACUUGGAACUGUGCACCUGAAUUCGACGCUGACAUAAAUGCCGACAUAAGCUUCGUUGAUGAAGGAGCUUAUUUAAUUUUACCUAAAAUAAAUUCAAAAGCAGGUGGAAGAUGGCACAUAGAAUUCAAGACGAUAACCCAAAACGCGAUUAUACUAUACAAUCCUGGCGGUGUACGAGGAUCUGACUUUCUUGCUGUGGAGAUCCUGGAGGGAGUGAUCUGCGUGAAAAUGGCUCGGGGACAAAUUAUCCACACAGUCAGGAUUAACGAUGGACAAUGGCACAAGUUACAUUUGUCCUUCAAUCCUUCUUUGAUUGAGUUGUCCGUGGACAAUGUGGCCAUGAGUACACGCAUCGAGAGCGGUGGUACGAGACACCUCGAUCUCUCCGAUUCCUUCUACCUCGGUGGGAUUGAAAGUGAGAAGAGGCAGAGGGCGUUCACUAAGGGCGUUAAAGCUGCCGAUUCUAGUAUCAUGGGCUGCAUAAAACCUAUAGAGGUGGACGACAAAAUCUUCGGCCUGCCCACUGCUGUGGUGACGUACGGCGUGAGCCCCAAAUGUGUGUGGUGGUACCCUUGCCACUCCAGUCCCUCCAACCCGCCGUGCGUGUCGCAAGCUGUCUGCGAGCAGCACGGAGUUGAUCACUUCACCUGCAAAUGUGAUUCGGAUUUGUGCAUCAACCCUGACUACGCUGAGAAAUAUAAAGUAUAUUCAAAGUCGAGCAGCAAACUGGAACUGGUCGCUCUAUACCCGCUGACGGUCCAGGAAGGAGGCGUGGCUGUCAUCACCACGCAGAAUAUAGACGUGGUGUUAGAUCACCACAAGUACGGUGUACGUCCGUCCGGAGUGUUACUCCACGUGGCGCAGUCGCCGCAGCAUGGAAGGAUCGUCGUCGAUCUGUCGCUACAGAGGAAUUCUCCGCAGUACACGAACUACAUCGAAAGUGAUGGGAAGAUGAAGCAGUUCUUUACGCUCAUGGACUUGUCAAGAGAUAAGGUGCGGUACGUGCACGACGGCUCAGAGAACCACCAAGACGCAAUAGUCCUGGACAUGGAACUGAUUCCAGAGACCAAGUUCACGUUGCCCAGCUACCUGCAGGGCCGGAACACGUUCGUGCUCCACGUCAACGUCACGCCGGUCAAUGACCCGCCUGUACUGAAUUUACUGCCCGGAAAAGUGCUUAGGCUCACACAGGGUACACGUAAAGCGAUCACUUCGGACAUACUGAAAGCCGAGGAUCCAGAUACUCUACCUGAAGAUUUAUUAUAUACUGUGCUACACGGCAAGAAUGAAGCAAACAGUGGUCACAUCGAAAUGUCCGGACAGCCAGUGGACUCAUUCACACAGCAAGACAUCGACGCCGGUCUCAUAUCGUACGUGCACGGCUCUACCAGUGAUAAGCAGUUAAAUAAAACAUCCCUCAGGCUCACUUUACAGGUGUCAGACGGCAUAGAAACCAGCGGUCCAGGCAUUCUCCGCAUCUCCAUAGUGCCACUCCAAGUUCGCCUGGUGAACAACACUGGCCUACAGUUGGUGCAUAACUCGUAUGUGCUGAUCACCGCUGAUAACCUGACCUUCACUACAAAUGCUGAUGAAACGAACGUGCAAGUGAAGUACGACAUAGUGAAGCCACCACAAUUUGGUGUGGUGGAACGACUGCGGGUUCUCGACGGUACUUGGCAGACGGUUGAUUCUUUCACCAGCGAGAUGGUGAACUUCGGAAGAGUCCGGUAUAUGCACUUACUGGGCAGCCCCUCGCACGAUGACUUCAAGUUCAAGGCAUCUGUGGGGACGAUACGAACAAACACAUUAUACGACUUUCGACUAACAUUUAUCAAACUCGAACUGUACCAGUCGGUCAACGAACAAUUAAUAUUGAAUAACACAAGAGAAGCCUUCAUAUCUUCACAACAUUUGCGCUUUAAAACGAGACCGCUGGCUUUACACAGCGAUCGCAUCCAGUACACUAUACUUGGACCACCGAAAUAUGGUAUACUCCACUUGUCAUCGGGUAAACGCCACUUACAAGGUCAUAGUACGUUCACCCAAUACCACAUAGACACCGACCAGUUGUGGUACAGGCUUCACAGAAGAGCCUACUCUCACAUUCAAGACGAGUUCUCAUUCGUAGUGAGCGCCACAGAAUGCGAGAAUAUCACGGGUGUUAUGACGAUAACGCACACACCGGCGUCAAUGACCUCGGACCACUUAUCCGGAAGGGUCCACACUACCCUAGAAAGGUUGCAAGUGUCCGAAGGCUCCAGGAUGGUCAUACCUGCAAGCCACCUCAAUUUCCGAACAGAUGUAGUCACAAAUUUGGUGUUUAAUAUCACCCAUUUACCGAAGCACGGUAAAAUUGAGGUGGAAAACGAGAAAGAUAUAACGAACGAUACAACUUUCUUCACGCUGCAGGAACUGAAUUCGGAUAAGGUUUACUACGCUCACGACGAUUCUGAGAGCAGGCAUGAUUCUUUCCACUUCAUGGCUUUGAGUCCCGAGCCUGAGGACUUUCAAUACGUAGGUGUUUUCCACAUAGAUAUAAUGUUGAAAAAUGAUAACAGCCCAGUGAGAGUCAACGAUAAUGUGUUCCAUAUUGUACACGGGGGCGCCAGGUUGAUCACCGCCAGGGACCUGAGUUACACCGACGCAGAUUUGGACACUAAACCUUCGGAUAUAAUUUAUACGAUACAGACCAAUGAUCCCCCCAACGGUGGUAUCUUCAGGGCUGACAAUCCUUCUGAAAAUAUUGCUCAGUUUUCCCAGGACGAUAUAAACAAGAAUCUAGUUUUGUUCAAACAUCAAGGGAAGGAGUAUGGGAAGAUGGCGUUUUGGGUAUCAGAUGGGUUAUUCGAUGUGAAUGGGAAUUUAGAGAUUCAAGCAUCACCUCCAUUCAUAAGAAUGUACCCCACAAAUGGUUCGAUUGUGGAAAAUGGGAAAGCCGUUGUUAUCACCACCAGAGAUAUGCAGGUUGACACAAACAUGAACUGCUUAGAGGAGGACAUUCGUUACGAAGUCAUGAUAGAGCCGAAGCACGGUUCGAUCGAAGUGGGCGAGGGGCUGGGCGCGUAUUCAUUCACGCAAUUGGACGUGGCGGCCGGUCGAGUCGCUUACAGGCACAGGGAGCCGAAGACGCCCACAGAUCAAUUCCGAUUCAAAGUGAUGUGCUUGGACACAUGGGGCGAGGAUGUCUAUCCCAUAAAGAUAUUCCCAUCGAGCUAUUGGGAGCCGCUGCGGGUCACCACCAAUCGGCCUCUGGUGGUCGAGGAGUCCACCAGUGUUAACAUCACCAAAGAAGUUUUGGAGGUUAUGCAUCCUCAAAUUGAGCCAUCGAAUAUAGUCUAUCAAGUUACCGAAGGCCCUUACCACGGCUGGCUCGAAAUCACAACCACACCUGGGACCAUCGAACUCGAGAACUACAACGAAGAGCCGGUACACACUCGAGUGUUCGAUCAAUCGAUCAUAAAUGUUAAUCGAUUGAUUUACGUGCAAUCAGGUGUGAACCGAACGAGGGAUCGGAUAAAAAUGGACGUCACUAAUGGUAUCGUUUGGUUGAGAGACCUAGAGUUGACUGUUGUAAUAAUACCGGAACACUUUUACGUCGUUGCGUCGAAUUUGACGGUCGUCGAAGGCGAAACGGCCAGUUUAAAACCGGAUCUGUUCCGGACGGUCACAGAGUAUUACCGGGGCAAAGUGGUCACGUACAAGGUGGUCGAAAAACCGAAGUAUGGGAAGAUAGUGAUGGGCGAUCAAGAGUUGGGCUUGUUACCGGUUUUGAAACUUAAUUCUGGGAACAUACAGUACACCAACGACGGUUCGGAGGAAGCGUUGGAUACAUUUAGAUUGGUCGCAAUAACGGAGAAUAACAAGGAGAGCGAGCCGUUCCACGUACGGGUCAACAUAGUACCGGUGAACGACGAGACUCCCAUAGUGGCGGCCAACACCGGCCUAUGUGUCUGGGAGGGAGGCACCUUCACUUUCACCAGGAACGAGCUGUAUGUAAACGAUAUAGAUACGCCAUUAGAAAAUGUGACAAUCCGAGUGGUAGAUAUAGUAUCUGGAUACAUUGCGAUGAAGAGAGAUCUCGAGACUGCUGUAUACCACUUCACGCAAGCGGACAUUGACAAUGGACAAGUAAUUUUUGUACAUAAAAAUGGAUCCAAGGGUAAAAUGAUAUUUAAUGUCACAGAUGGUCUUCACGAGCUAUCCAAGAUCACAUUCCUGAUCACCACAAAGUCAGUAUCACUAAAACUUAUAAGGAAUCUGAACCUCCGCGUCUUCCCGCUCAUGAGGGAACCGCUCAAUAAUUACCUGCUGAUGUCCAAAUGCUCGGACUUCACGCGGACUAUAACAUACAAGGUAGACAGAGCCCCGACUCUCGGCAGACUCGUAAUGCUGAACGGCGAGAAUCACCAUAGAUCGAUAAAGCAGUUCACUCAACAAGACGUGAACGAUACGAUAAUUUACUACGAACAUACUCAUCCAUUCUCCGACCUUUACACAAACGAUUCAUUCAUAUUCACCGUGGAAGCGGCUCUAGCGAAGCCUAUAACCGAUCAGGUCUUCCACAUAGAUAUAUCCGUGUCCACCGGUGGAUUAGCCAGAUAUGUCCAUAUACCACAGAUUAACGUGCAAGAAGGAGACAAAGUACCGAUAAUAGUGAACGUUACUAACGUCAUAGCGUAUCUCGAGACGCAGGCUGGUCUACGGCAGCCUCUCGUCGAGGCUCAGUGGUCCCAGCCGUCCCACGGUGAACUGAAGCCGUCCAUGCUGUCACUAACACAGUCGCAACUAGAGGGCGGUGUGGUGAACUACGAACACGACGAUUCCGACACGGUACAGGAUAAAAUUGAUAUGUCCUUGUAUCUGUUACCUGAUUAUUUCUUACUCUGUAACGUCACAAUACCGAUACAUAUAAUACCAGUGAACGACCAACCAUUCAGGCUACUUACUGAUACUCCCCAAAUACAAGUAGUCCAAGGUGAGAAUUACACGAUAACUAGAAAGGACUUGUUAACCGAAGACGCCGAUACGAGUCCAUCAGGGAUCUUAUACGAUAUCAUAAGUGGUCCCACCCAGGGCAGGAUUGUGAUGUUAGACAAAAACCAAACCAUAGACGAAGCACAGUCGAUUAACAAGUUUACACAAGAAGACAUAAAUAAUCGCAAAGUCAUAUACGAGCAUUCGGGUGUACUUCAAACCGCGACGUUCUAUUUCAGAGUGUGGGAUGGCCAGUUCAAGCCGACAUACACGGUUUUCACUAUAGAUGUCAUGCCGGUUAUACUAAAUGCAACAUCUUUGCGGCCGAUCAGCCUGCAGCAAGGGUCAAACGUGGCUACAGUCACCACGGAUCAAGUUUAUAUAGAGACUAAUGCGGGAAUCUAUAAGGUGUGGUACAAUAUCACCCGUCAACCGGUCCACGGCGUGAUUUACGUCGGCAGGAACACAGUGACGUACUUCUCUCACAAAGAUUUGGUCGAUCGCAUUGUUAUAUACAUGCAAAAUGAUAUGACAACUGCGAACGACAGUUUCGACUUGAUAGCGUAUGUACAUAAUAGUAAUUCGACCCGUCCGUUCACUGUAAGCGUUGUGGUUCAACCUCUAAUGAAACCGUUGGGAGACUUGAGAGUAGAUGGGGAUAAAGCGAAGAUCACUUUGAGCGUUAUGGAUGCCACGGACUUGGCGACGCUCACAUUAAGCGAUCCGUACUAUACGAUAUUGCGAAAGCCUAAAUACGGGUCUAUAAAGAAGAUAAUCAGGAGUUCUGGUGAGAAGACCAGCGCUAGAGAGAGGGAAGUGACAUAUUUCACUCACGAGGACCUGAAAGCCGGUGUAAUAUAUUUCGUUACGAAGAGAAAGCCGAACGAAUUGAACGGAAUGGAGGACAGUUUCCGUUUCCAGUUAGCCACCACGAUAUUUCAACCAGCCACUGGGGAUGUUAGGAUACUAAUUGGUAAUAGGCCCAAGAAGAAUUUGCCGGGACCCAAUGAUCCGGAGAGUCACGAAGGUGUUCCAGUCGCGAACGGCGAAACAGCCUCAUACUACAUGAUGAUCCUAAUGGCGUUGUCCGGGACGGUGCUGGCCAUCGUGGUGAUAUUCGGGCUGCUCAAGUGUCGCCGGUACAUCAUGAGGGAUCAGAACGCGCUGGUGAAGAUCCACGGACAGAGUCAGGGCGCGGUGGCGCCCAUACCGCUGCCGCGGCCGCCCGACCAUCUGAUGCCGUCACCGUCGCAAAUAACUCCGCCUAUUAAACGCAGUUACGUGUCAUCAGAACAGUCGGUGCAUACUGGUGCUAGUACGCCGCUACCGUCCGGGGGCAGCGUCGCAUGCAAAGUGACGCCCCUGGCCGACCCCACGCUGCCGGAUCUGAACGCGCGGUACCCGUACGGCGCGGACGAUCAUACCGACGUGAGUAUGCAAAGUGCGGAAGACUGGAGUAGUUACGAAGCUAGCGAGUCAGCGUACCCUAUCCGUGCACCAGGCGUCGCGCCCGCGAACCCUAUGCUCAGACGGAACCAGUAUUGGGUCUGACCCAAGGACACGUUCACACUGCCGAGGGCGCCUAGACACGUCACCCUCACCACGCGUGCCGAUAAUUGCGUCACACUGAACCGUCGGCUGCAUCAACGGCGCGGCGUCGACUUAGUUCCUACGCCCUUCCUACUCAGUAACUACACACUCAAACACGCCAGUUGCGAGAUCACACUGUAAUCUCUUAUAAAUUAGACUCAACCGAUUAAGUACUCUAAUGUCAUAUUGAUAAUGUUUAAAUUUGGGUGCAUACUCUUUGUUUUAUGGAUACUCCUUGCGGUCAACUUCAGUUGAAGCAAAUUUGAAAUUAAUAAUUACACUAUUUCAAAUACGUUGCCAUAAAUAAAAAAGUUGUUACAUUUGUUGACGUUUAAUAUAAAUCCUUAUUUUAAUAUAGGUUUCCGAUCUUGAGCAAAAUAUCGAUUUUUCAAUCGAUUUGAAUUAAGAGGUUGAUCUAUGAAAAAUCGACGUUUAAAUGAUUGGAUUCUCAAAAAUCGAUAUUGAUCUUUUCAUGUGUACGUUGACAUCUAUCUUGGUUUGUUCAUUUUUGUAACAUUUUUUUUUACGUACAUUGAAAAAAGUACGAUCUGAAAUCGUGAAUCGAUAAAUUUUUUAAAUUUUCGAUUAUGUCGAAUUGAGAUAGGAAACCUUAAAAUAUGAAUUGAGAUUUCGUAUUUGGAAUACAGUGUAAUGUUUUUGAACGAACAUGAAUUACUUUCUUAAUAUGGAAUAGAAGUUUUUAGACUUUUUUACAUAUAAGAAGAAUGUCACAUGUUUUUUUUUUCAAUAAUAGAUUUACUAGUUUUCGGAAGACUUUUUUAAAUUUGAUUAUUUUUUGUUUUAUUGGAAUUAGAGUAUCGAAAUAGGUGUGUGGACUAAUUAUUUGACUGUAUUUCUUCAUUUCUGCUAAACUAUCAAACAUUCUAGUUAAACGGGUAUUUAAACACAAAAGUCGAUUACCAAUUUGAAAAUUUCAUAAACAGAUAGCAAUAUACGUAUACAGUACCACUCGUGCGCGCUGAAUAUUAUUUAAAAAAAAAAACAAUAAUUUCCUAAUUACCUCAAUUAAGUAAUAGCAAUAUAAAUAUAUGAACAGACUGUAACAUCACAGGUUCUAUAUAUAUAUUUAUUAAGUUUCUAGGAGUUUAAAAACCUGCAUUACAGGAAUCAUUACCAUUCAUUUCGUAUUACCCCAUCGAUGAAAGUGUACUAGUCUGUUAAUAUUACGCCUUCAGCGUGAAAGACUUGUUAAAUUUGGCGGGUUAUACAAAAUUAAUCGUAUUAUGAUUCGUGUAAAGUGAGCUUUUUAUGCCUCCUAUUCUACAGAUGUUUAUCGAGAUGGAACGUCCACUUGUAUUUAUAGGAAUGAUAAAUUACUUAUGCAAUUUUUUUAUGAAACAAGAUUUAUGUAAAAAAUAAUGCUCUCUACGUCCACACUCCAUCUUAUAUAUUAUUUACUUAUAUAUACUUUAUAGGACAAAAUAUAAAAAAAAAAAUUACGGUGCAUAUAAUACAACGAAUUUUUUAAAGUUCUAGACAUACAUAGAGUUAGACGACGCAUAUUUAAUAUAUGUAUGAAAAUUAUUCGUGUCACCUCCAAAUUACUCAAUGUAAUAUUAUUAAAGCUAUUUAUUAAUGUCUAACUUCGUCUUAUCUAUAUUUUAUUGAAAAUAACGUCUCUAAUUCUUUCAUUGUUUAUUCACUAAAUAUUAUAUUUUACUGCAUCUAUUUCCUUUAGUUAUUAAAAUUUUUUUUUAAGAAUACAAUUUGGUACUAAGGCUGGCUUGUUAUACGUAAAGUACUUACAAUUAUGAUAUCUAUGUAUUUAUGUCCAGUCUAUGCUCAAUUCGUAUUUAUAGUCCACGAAAAUGCUGGCCAUUUAAUGCGCAGGUACUUCCAUUCAUAUUUACUUCAUCUGGAAUUUUCCAGGUUUUUAAAUCCAACGAGGACAUUUUUCGCCCUAUAUUUUAGUUCGAUCGUAAAAGCCCUGUAAUGUACACAUGCAAGUGUAAAUGCAAGAGUUGUGUAAGGCCACAGUUUACACAAAGGUAUUUUUUUUCUGUUUACACGUGUGAAAUGUAUAUAAUAGGUGCAGGACUUCAGUUAACGAAACUCUUUGUUGAGUAAUGUUGAUCAGUGGUCGUUCUAUCUAGGUUACAUCUGUGGAAUUGAUUUUAUAAUUUUAACCCAAUAGUUUAUAGUGUUUAUACGAAUAGAAUUAGUUUUAACUAUUAUAAUUAUGUCCCAUGUGUUAUACACGAUUGUCAAUCAUUCAGUACAAGUAUGUGUAAUUUUAAAUGAAUCAAUUUACACAUUUAACAAGUUAAACUGUGUUAAAUAAAAACCGCGUUUUAAAUUAUUCAUCCGUUUCGGAGCUAUGAUGUACGGAUAAACAAAUACAACAAACAUACACAGAUAUUCAUUUUCUAGCCAUUUUUUUUUUCAGCUACAAGUUGAAUCGUUUCCGUGUUAGUAUUAAAAUUGUCAAUUGUCAGGACUCUAUAAAUGUUCUUUCUUCAUUCACCGAUAUUAACAGGAAAUGGAUGAUUUGAGGGAAGCUAAGUGGAAAUUAUCAGUUUUUCAAUUAUAAUAAUUUUUACGAUAAAAUGUUAAAGGCAAGUACUAAAAUCGGAAAAGAUGAAAGGUGUACAAAAAAUUCUAUAUUUCAUGUUAUUUCAUCUCAUCUUAUUUCAACGUAUUUCAUCUCAUCUCAUUUCAUUUCAUCUUGUCUCAUUCAUCUCAUCUCAUUUUAUCAUCUCAUUUCUUCUCGUCUCAUCUCAUUUCAUCUAAUGACAUCACAUUUAAUUUCAUCUCCUUUCGUCUUAUUUCACAUCCUCUAAUUUCAUCUCAUCCCAUUUCACCUCAUUUCAAAUCAUUUCAUCUCAUUUCAUAUCGUCUCACUUCACUUCAUUUCACCUCAUUUCAUUUCUAUUCAUUUCAUCUCAUUUUAUUCCGUUUUCCAUUUCUGAUGAAAUCAAGAAUAUUGAAGUUUUUAGUUGUCAUUGUUUUAAUUAAGACACUACAUUCAAUAUUGCAAUAGCUAGAAACAUGUGUGCAGGGUGUAUUACUUAAUACUUGGGUAUGGCAUCGCAUGAAUGUUGCUAUGUCAUCACAGCGUGUUCUGUGAUCUUCGUGGAUUUUAUGUCAAUAGGCGAUGCUUAUUACCACUUUCCAUCAGAAGAGCUGUCAAAUUACUAUUACAGAUUGUCUAAAUAUAUGUGUUGAGAUAGGAAGAACGUAGAUCGUAGACCACCGUGCACACAAUUUUCGCAUUACGAGAUUGGAAUUUAAAAUAAUGUUUAUAAGAGAUUAUUAAACCGAAUGCGGGCUUCAGUACGGGGCAGAUUAUAAGGGUAGAAAGGGAUAGUGUGACAUUGGUACCUUGUUACACGACAGACAAAAUAUAAGACUGCUAUUACAGUUUGCACAUUUUACAUAAUUUUUUUUUUUUUAUUAUGAACAGAUAUGAGAAAAAAGCCAAUGCAAUGUGCCAAAGGAUUUUAUGUGACAUAACAUUGAUUAUAUAAUUGUUUGUUAGCUGUUUUAUAUAAGUAUUAAGAUUCAUUUUAUUGAAAUUAUUAAAAUAAAUUUCCUUUUUAGGAACUAAUAAUAUGCGUAUAGAUAAUUUUAUUAAGUUAUUAAUUUUAAUGAAUGUAACUGGCGUUGUAAGGGAGAAUUUAUUAAUGUAAGUGUGCUAACAUUGAUGAUGACUUAGUUGAUGUAAUUAAUUAAUUAAUUAAUUAAUUAAAUAUACAUGGUUUUUAAAAAUAUGCAACAAACAAUUUGUGGCAUAUUUUUAAACAUCAUAUGUAUAAACAGGAAUUAAGCUUUGUAUUUGAAAGGUUUAGUAAAUUUUAUUGUUGGUACGAUUUGAUAAUAAAUAUAAAUGUACUAUUAGAAUAGAGAUUUUUGGUUUCUUUUUUUUUUAAUUUUUUUCUCGGAAAAGUAAUAUAAUUAUAAAAUAUACAUAUACAUAUAAAGCAAAAGAUGAACGAACAAAAAUAAAGGCUUGAUGUAUAGAAAUAAAAGUGAAUAUGUAAAAAAAGAAACUGAUUUUUUAAAAAUGUCGUAGAACAAUUUCAACGGACACCGUAUUUCAAUGGACAACAUAUACGGCGUUUAAGUGUUACUAAACAUUUUUUUUUUUAUUAGUAGCUCUUGUGUUGUAAACGUAAUAUUUAUAUGCACGAACCGCUUUGCGACGGCCAAGGAGUGGAGCUCUCUGAUCAGUGGAACACUUAGAGCAUGAUCAUUAGUGGGAUUCUUGAAUAGAAAAAAAAUGUCAACAUCAAUAUCCGUAGUAAUCAUUGUCUUGUAAAAUAUACCCACUCCGGUCGAUGUUACGGAAUUCUCUGGACGUGUACGCUUUUAUGGCCUCUGCCUCUCACUUUCAUGCUGCGCUUGCGCAGUGUACGCCUGUGGAAAUCGCACCGACUUCCGCAGGUGCCGGGUGGGAGACACUGUUAUCUCUCGUUUUGGUUUCAACUAGGCGAGAGGUCGGCCUUACGAUAGGCCUCAACAUCUGUUGCCGUAACACAAGCCCGCCCCAAUAUAUUCAAUGUUUUAAUAUAUAAAAAAAGAAAUUAAAAAAGUGCGUCGUACUUCAGUUUUAGUGGACAACGUCAUGGAUAACUUAACUGUAUCCGUAUUCAUAUCAGCCAUGAACUGUACACCGCUGAACAUAGCCUCCCUCAUAAGGGGACGUUUUGCGAAGUAGUUGCCACGAUUGGCAAGCGGUUGUUAAGAGGGACUCUACUCUCCCACCUACACUACCCUCAACCACAAGCUCUCUUAGUGGCCACUUACGACACUCACGGGAAAGGAAGGGGUGGCCUAUUCUAUGCUGCGACUACACAGAAAAUCCAUUGUAUUUGCUCCUAGAUACAGUUGAUUCAUCCAUUUUCUAUCACACGUUGAGACGGUCGCUCUGUCCCGUCAUGUUUCUCAAAUUUCACAGCAAAUAAUGUUGUAUCAAUCCGUUACAUGCUUUAUUUCGUUCACCUAUAUUUCUCUAGAAAUAUGCAUAUAUGUAUAUCUGAUAUACGGUUUAAAAUUUUACAAUUAAAAUAUGAUUGAGAAUUAGUUGUAAAUUUAUUGUAAUGUUGGGCGAAGUGAAUCGACAAAUUGUGUCCUGUUACAGAGUUGGAAACAAGUAUCAUUGAACACAGAUAAGCUUGUUGGUCCAUUGAAAUCGGUGUCUAUUUCGGAUGUAUGACAACAGACAGACGGGGAAAUUAAAAUACAACACUAAAUCAGCAAUUUAAAUUAGUGUAAUGUGUAGGUACGGUAGAUAUUCAAGAAUAAAGGACAUGCGAUUUUAGUUUCUAUUCUUUAAACAUUAAAGUGCCUAGUGUAGAAGGUGGUAAUAGGAGCUGUAAUUACUAACUAUAGUUUUGUGUUAAAUCAGGGUUUAAUAGCAUUUUGUAUAUAGAAUAUUCUAUAUUUAUUUGCUAUACCUACUGAGCAUUAGCUUAGCACAUUUUUUUUUUACAAUUUACUGCUCAACUAUAAGUCGUAACAAUUGUCGGAAACGACAGACAUAGUUCAAAGAAUUCCUGUUGUAUAGACUUCAGUUAUAAGUUUUAAAAGGUGCCCAGUAUACUAUUUGCUUCGCGAUAAUAACUUUUAUACUUUUGUAAUAAGGUUUUAUGUUCUAGACAUUACCAUAUCACAAGCAAUAGUAGGGUCGUAUUGAAUUGUAAUAAGGAAUAAGUUAUGUGUAGUUUAUGAUUUUGUUCCACAAAGGAUCCAUUUCAAUGGCGUUGCAUUAUAAUAAUAAUAAAUAGAACUUUUGUAUCGAUUUUGAUGUUCCUUUACUCUUAAGCCCUUGUUGGUCACAUACCAAAUUAGCUUGUUUAUUUGUUGUUAAGGUUUGAAGUCUGUUCUUUGUGGAACAAACUCCUAAAUUAAUGUUCUUUCGUACAUAUUUAAUGCAAGUUUAUACUUACUUAUAAUAAACGUCGAAUUAUAGUUUAGGAGAGGCACUGCCCGCUCAGACGAUUGGCAAACGCAUCUUUUGGUCGCUACGUUUUAUUUACGUAAUUAUGGUACGUGUAUACCAAUGUUGAUAGUCACUAGUUAAGCUGUUGAGGCGCUGUAUUAUUUGCUUGGAACUGUUUUGUUCAAUUUUACAAUCUUUAGAACACGACUGCCAUAAUUGAAGACUGACUAUUAUUAUUAGUUCUACGAUCUUCCGUCAUCGAUCUGAUCGUUAUUCUGUCCAUGCAAAUGUGGCGACUGCAGACAAACUGCAAUGCAGUUUCGCGGCACUAAGAAUAUAUAUUGUCUAUGUAACUGUUUACUUAAUAUAAAUAAAAAAAAUAAUCUAUUUCAUCUCAACGAGACGUUUACAGGUAAAUUAAAAUAAUGCUAUUCGGGUUAUAGUAUUGACCCCGUUCGGCUCCCAAACUGAAUUAGUCUUUGCCGUGUGGAUAUUAGUAACAAAAAAGUAUAAAAAACAAUAUUUUUUUAAGUAUUAGUAAUUUUUAUUGUUAUUUACGAAAUAGCUACUAUCCACGGCCUACUAAUAUUUAUAAUAUUUAGUAAGUCAAGGUUGCUGCGUUGCUAUGUUUAUACACGAUUACUAAAGUUUGCCAUAAAAUAAUUUUGAGAAGUGAGUUGCUUGCUUUUUUGUUUUGGUUGUUGUCGGUUUGUUUUGAUUUUCUAACCACGCCUCACCUAUAAUAAUAAUAAUUUUAUUUAUUUGUUGAAAAACACAGUUUACAGAGGCUAGUAAUAAAAUGUUUGGAACAGGCGUGUUUUGCCAAAACAAUGGCAUGAAAUUUUCACAUUAAAGAAUGCAUUGACCCAGUGACCCAGUACUAACAACAGUGACAGUUGCAACCAGGACAAAGGGGUCCUCCCCGACGCCCCCACCUAUCCCACGUACGAGGGAUGAGAUGGCCUUGUUUGACUGGUAACACUGCAACAAUUAGUCUUAGGGACUACUCCCACUUAUUCAGCUCCAUUCGCGUUUCGCUGAUCGAUUUUGGUCACACUAAUACAGCUUUGCUUCUAUCAGCCUCGUACGACGUCCAGUUUUGCGGUCAUCUGGAGGAAAAAGCUAAGAUAGCUUCUAAAAAGUGGGGGGUGCUCAAUAGGGUGAGACGGUAUUUCACGCCGAAAAACCGCCUGAAACUGUAUAAAGCUCAAGUGAGGCCACACAUGGAAUACUGUUCUCACCUGUGGGCAGGAGCGCCACAGUACCAACUCCUUUCGUUAGAUCGCAUUCAAAGUCUGGCAGCUCGAAUUGUUGACGAUCGGCGUCUUACUGUCCGGCUCGACCCACUGAAACUGCGUAGAAAUGUUGCAUCUCUGUGCAUCUUCUACCGAAUUUAUGACAGUGCCCUCCCACCGCCCUCCCCUACUAAUACGGUAUAAAUACGGCAAUGCAACCGAUAUUGAGUCAUUCACAAUCUGAGCGCCAAAGAUGAACUUUACAAGUGGACUCCGAACACCAAUCUAAUAAUUUACUUUGUUUAGAAGAAAAACGGUUAAAGAUUGAUGACUAAUUUUAAAGGCGUAUAACUUCUACUAAUAAUAAUAGUAGACAGAUUAAUAAAUGAUGGCAGUCUUACAUAUAACGAAAACAAACGGAACGAAACAAAAUAGUUCUGAUCGAUUAACCAGAGAUUUGUUUGCAUUCUUCUACACGAAUGCCGUUCAGAAACAUAUGCCAAAGUAAAAUAUUUGUAUGAUGUUCGUUCAUUUUUAUUCCCAUUGUAUUUUAUGUGCUGUAUCUGGCAGGAAAUUCAUCGUACAUUAGAAAACUAAUAUCUGUUUUAAAUAUGGAAUUGCGGGGUACGAAUGCUUAGUUGAAAGGUAUGACGGCGCGUGAGGCGUAUUGUAGAUGUUACAAUAUUGUUUGCACGGUGUCUCAUGAUCAUGUCUAUAAGUGAGGGGCAUCAUUUACCACCAGAGAAGCCGUCAUUCUCAGUGCAAUUUUUUUUUUUACACAACUUAAAUACUUGUAACAAAGGUGGUUGUAACAAACCUACAAAGCGGUACUUAGCUGUGUUUAUCUCUUUUCUAAAGUGUGAUGUUUACUGCCAGUACAUAUAAAGCGAUCUGACUUUAGGAUAGUAUUCGAUUUGUAAUUUGUUAGAUGAGUUCAUAAGAGAAUUAGAAUGUUAUUAAAGAGUAGACAACGAGUGCCAAAUUGACCACUGUUAUUGCCCGUAACUGUACAGGUACAGUCAGCUUCGUAUACGAGUAAAGAGGAACGUUUAAAAAAUGUAUUAGGAAUACUGUCUGAACAUGGUGUGGACAUUGUAUUGUAAAAAUCUUUAUUGUACAUAAUUUAUAUUGGAUACAUUAAAAGAUUUAAUAUACAUUUGCGGACUUAUCCCAUAAAGGGACAUCUUGCUCAGCCGUAUGGACUGAAUUUUGAAAUGGCAACUGGAAAAAUACUAUUCACUGGAAGCUCUGAUAAUGAAAUGUUUAAUACAUUUUAAAAUGAAAUAUUUACUAUGGCAAUGAGUGUUUCUGAGCUCCCCAUAUUGUUCACCAUCGAGCAAAUUAGUUUAUACGCCUUUUAAGUCUUUCACACGCUACGCCGUCAUACACAGACCAGCAGUGUAUGUCGACUGCAAAUCCAGUGACCCGGAGGUCGUUGCCUCCGGAGUUGAAGCAGAGGUAGUGGGGUACACCCUGAGGCCCCAACCUCGCCCGCCCAAUACCAUCUGGCGGGCAAUGAGAAGUCUUGUUGUUUUUGUAGUCUUUCACGAAACACUUAUUGUUCUGUUUCUAUCACCAAUA